AUGGCGUUAGUGUUAGGUCAUAUAUUGGCACAGUAUGUGAAGGAUAGGGGACUAGUGGAUAAACCGCAGCAGUAUCAGGAAUUCCUAGGGAAGGAUGUAACAGCGCUACUCGACGAAUUUGUGGGAUAUAUGGAAAAUGAGGAACUAGACAUCUAUGCAUCUAAUUGUUUAAACAAGGGUUAUACGAAAGAGAACCAUGGAGAAACAAAGUUCGUAGCUAACGUGGGCGAUAGAAUUAUGUGCACACUCAUGUCACGAGCAUUAUUUUUCAUGAAUGCGUGGAGUUCGAAGUCCGCCGGUUCGCAAACUACCGACCCUAAUAAUGCAGCGUUGAAGGAACAUAUAAGGUGCGCAAUAGUAAAUAUAUUCAUGUACAUAUUGAACGAAUCUACAUGCAGAAGUAAAAUGGGUGUAUAUUAUGCAUGGGAAACAAUGAAAGAGCUGGAGUCAGGUCAACCUGGAUUACUCACAAAGGGGACGUGCCGCCAGGGACUGUUUCAAAACAUAAAAAUACAGGACUUCGACAUGGGAGAGAAGAUUAAGGACUGGUUAAAGAACAAACCGAGUUUGACUAAAAAAUUUGCAGGGAAAGGAAUACAAAGCAUAUGUAAGAAGAGUAUACACGAACUUGUGGGGAAAACGCAGGAUGAAAAUGCCAUGGGUGGACCGAUAGAACUGAAGAACGAGGAGCAGGCAGCUAUACGUGAGUUAGGCCAAGGGCUGAAGACAAUAGUUGAGGAGGUAAAGAAAGCCGCAGUGCAAUGCGCGAAGGACCAUGACGCAUGCAUCGAGUCUAUCCAACACGUCUCCAGUAGCGAUCCGCAGGGUGCCGACAGUAAGGCCACAGUAUCGAACUCUGUCGACAGCGGCACACCAGCACCAUCCGGCAACGAGGGCGGCACAGAAUCGUCCCAACCGGCCACCGGCACACCAUCAAAGGCAUCGCCAGCGGAGGACUCGGUAGGGACACCACCAGGAUCCACAACAUCGGCACGAGGAUCGCAACCACAAGCACCGGCAUCCCCAGAAUUACCAUCAGUACCACAGGCACCGGCAUCUCCAGUACCAUCAUCGCCACCAGCAUCGAUCUCUCCCCAGGGAGCACCAUCACCAGCAUCUUCAGGUACAGGGAUUACAAGCAACGCGGCAACAACACCAGCACCAAAGCAGGCAUCCAAGGACAGUCCAGCCAGUGUGUCCGUCAGCUUCAUCCAGCAGACUCCUUCGUCCGACUGUUCAGGAACUGCCGGAACGGUCCCUGCGCCACCACGAGAAACAGAAGCAGCACCGGGGGCACCGUCCAAUGAAGGUGCUACAGGAAAAUCAUCAGAAACAACAAGAACAUCACCUGAGGCAGGGACACCAUCAACAGGAAGAGCAGGGGACGGUAACACGAGUGGCACGAACGAUGCCGCCUCCGGCGACGCCGUCGUUGAUGGCGGCAAUGAUGACCCCCCUCCACCGGGAGGCACAUGGAAUGACGGUAAUGAUUUCUGGAGCGUGUUGGAUACGGACCCUAAUCUUUGGGGCAUAGGAAAAAACAACCCAGAUAAGCCUGCAUCAGCAUCAGGAACAUCUGGAGCCUCAGGGGGAGCAUCCUCGGAGGACAGUGGACAGUUUCAAUUUAACUUUCCCUCACCUGCACUCAACAUAGAAGGUGCCACAGGAGGAUUCGUACCACCGGUUCCAGCAGAUGGAGAAGUCAGUUCAUCGGGUGAGACUCCACGUGACUAUGCUGUCCCCGACCUAACGAACACUGUCCUUACCGCCACUACUCCCUUACUCUUCUUCCUUUCCGCCGUCACCGUCGCCCUUCUUGGUUAUUCCCUCUGGAAGUACUUUGCCUACCUCGGCCACAAACGACGACGAACAUAUCGAACCGUUCGUGACGUGCCGUCACCGCCACUCGACGAAGACAUAUUGGACCAUCUACAACGCGGCGAACUGCCGCCACCCGAUUACGGGUACACCAUGGUUAGGGAACGACGCCGCGAUAAAUUUGCCGACCGACGACGACGCGCCCCACGCGUGCAUAAGCGCACGAUUAUCGAGCUACAUCUAGAAGUGCUCAACGAAUGUGAAGAAGCCGAGUGGGAAAACGUCAAAGACGAGUUUUACGGGAUACUCGUUGAAGAGUUUAUGGGGGGCAACAACGGACAUAGUAGUUCCCCGGAUAAUGCUAUCCCAAACGACGGUUUACCAGGAAACAAUGUUUCCUCCACCGUCGAUCCACCCACUGACAUCGCACGAACGGACCCUUGUCCACCUAACGAACAGGACCAAUGCAGUUGUAUGGAAACCAUACCGUUAGAAACGGACCCUUGUGCACCGAAUGACUGCGAUCCAUGGCGUUGUAUGGAAAACAUACGGUUAGCAACGCACCCUUGUGCACCGAAUGAAGAGCACCCCGAUCCAUGGAAGUGUAUGGAAACCAUACAGUUAGAAACGGGCCCUUGUGUACCUACCGACGAUAAUCCCGAUCCAUGGAGUUGUAUGGAAACUAUACAGUUAGCAACGGACACUUCUCCACCUAAGGACCCCGAUCCAUGGAGUUGUAUGGAAAACAUACAGUUACCAACGGACCCUUGUCCACCUAACGAACAUGACCCCGAUCCAUGGUGUUGUAUGGAAACCAUACAGUUAGAAACGGACCCUUGUCCACCUAACGAAGAUGAACCCGAUCCAUGGAGUUGCAUGGAAACCAUACAGUUAGCAACGGACCGUGCUGCGCCUAACGAACAGGACCGAUGGAAUUGUAUGGAAAACAUACAGUUACCAACGCACCCUUGUCGACCUCAUGACCCCGAUCCAUGGAAUUGUAUGGAAUCCAUACAGUUAGAACAAGAAGAGACUCCUUUUCUCCUUCCAUCCCCUUACCCGGGGAAUUAA